AUGGAAGAAACAAUUCAUGAAAAAAUGAUUGUUAUGAAUGCAACAUCAUUCUCUUAUACAUCGAAUAUUGUGCAGAAGUUAGAAGAAUUUUCACGUCAAUGCAAAAUUUGUGGAGCUCCUGCUUUACAUAAUUAUUAUGGUGUCCUUUCAUGUUCACCAUGUAAAAUGUUUUUCAAACGAAAUGCUUUAACAGGACAAUUACCAACAUUAAACCUUUUACAAUCAGAUAAUUCAACAUUGAAUACCAAUCAAUGGACACUUCUAUCAAAUUUAUUUCAUAGUUAUGAUGAAAGUAAACUUCUUUUGAUUGCUCAACAAUUGAUGAACGAAAACAAUCUUGACAAAUCUAUGAAAUCUAUUGAUUCAACACUUCCAACACAAUUUUUCAUGAAAGCUUAUGAAACAACAGGAGACUAUUUCAACUCUAAUAAUGAUCUUCGUAGGUUAUCAUUGGAUAAUCAUUAUUCAUUUCUUCGUAAUGCUGCUGAAAGUAUCAAUUGCCUAGGUACAAUAUUUAGUUGGAGACGAUCACAAGUUUACAAAUGUAAACAUUUUGUAAAUGCUUGUAUAGAUCUUUAUGGACAAGCUUCCGUAGAUAUGAUUGAACAUAUAUUAAAAUAUCUUGAUUCAGAUAUUGUAAUCAUUAAACUAGCAUUAUCAUUAUUUACUUUCUCAAAUAAUAUUACAAUAUUUUCUUCUAUUACAACAAUAAAUUCAAUAAACACACUUGACAUUCUUCAUAUUCAAAAUACUUAUGCUGAAGUAACAUGGAAAUAUAUACUAUAUAAAUAUGGAUUUCAUCAAUCUAUUCAACGAUUUAUGAAUCUUAUUCAAUGUCUUUUGGUUGCAACGAAUGCUUUAUAUAAAGCACAUGAUAUCGAGAAACAUGAGAAUGAUAUUGAAUUACUUGUUGAAAAUAUUGAAUUAGGACUUCUUUUAGAUGAUAUUGAACACAUCAAUUAA